AUGAAAAUCCUCCUCAUUUCUGCGCUUCUGCUGCAUCUCCUCCAACAAGGGAGCAGCAGGGAGAAGUUCUCUGGAGCUGAACAAUAUGAAAUCGUUUACCCGCAGAAACUGCACGCGGUGCACAGGAGAGCUGCAGGAACCAGCUCAGAGAGCAAAUAUGAUGACAUAGUGAAGUAUGGGAUCAAAGCCAAUGGAGAGGAAGUGGUGCUGCAGCUCCAAAAAAAUCGGGAUCUCCUGGCUGGGGAUUAUUCUGAAACUCUUUAUUCUGCUGACGGCCGACAAAUAACGACAACUCCUCGCAUCAAGGAUCACUGUUACUAUGGAGGCCACGUGGAGGGUGAUGCUGAGUCUGUGGCGAGCAUCAGCACCUGCACAGGCCUCAGUGGCUAUUUUGAGACCCGUGGCCAGAAGUUCCUCAUUGAGCCCUUGGGAGCCUCGGACAGGGAUGAGCACGUGGUUUAUAAAUACGAGGCCCUGAAACAAGAGCCCAUCAAAACCUGUGGGCUGGUCAACAACUCCUGGGAACAGGACUCCAGUGACCCCAUCAAGGCCAUCUUCAGGUCCAGCAACAGCCCAGAGAUGAAAGCCUACCUGAAAUCAAAGAAGUACCUGGAGCUCUAUGUUGUUGCAGACAAUGCUUUGUACAAGAAAUAUGAUGAAGAUGCUAAAAAUAUAAGACAAAGGAUAUUUGGAAUAGUCAACUACAUCAACACGGUUUAUAAAGCCAUCAACACCCACGUGGCUCUGGUUGGCCUGGAGGUGUGGACAGAUGGGGACAAGUGUCCCCUGACCAGGAAUGCAGGCUUCACCCUGGAGGCCUUCUCCAAGUGGCGCCGGUCGGAUCUGCUCAAGAGGAAAAGGAAUGACAACGCUCAGCUCAUCACAGGCCUGGACUUUGAGGGCACCACGAUUGGAUUGGCCUUCAUGAAAUCCAUAUGCAGUGAUUCAUUUUCUGCAGGUAUUAUUCAGGACCACAACAGGAACGAGGUGGCGGUGGCAGCCACGAUGGCCCACGAGAUGGGGCACAACCUGGGCAUGAGCCACGACACCAAGGCCUGCUCGUGCAACGAUGACAUCUGCAUCAUGACCGACACCGUCAGCUCGGUGAUCCCCAAGGAGUUCAGCUCGUGCAGCCUGCAGAGCUUCGAGUCCUUCAUGCUGGCCAACCUGCCCCGCUGCCUGAGCAACGUCCCCGAGCAGGCCAGCAUCAUCGCCCCGGCCUCCUGCGGGAACGGCUUUGUGGAGCGCGGCGAGGAGUGCGACUGCGGCACCCCCGAGGAGUGCACCAACGACUGCUGUGACCCUGAGACCUGCAAGCUGAGCUCAGGAGCUGCCUGUGCCUCCGGGGAGUGCUGUGAGAACUGCCAGUUCAAGAAGUCGGGCUCGGUGUGCCGGCCGGUGAAGGACGACUGUGACCUGGCUGAGAUGUGCACGGGGCGCUCCCCCAGCUGCCCCGAGGAUCGCUUCCGUGUCAAUGGGCACCCCUGCAGAUUUGGAGAGGGCUACUGCUACAUGGGCACCUGUCCCACCCGUGACAGCCAGUGCAAACACGUCUUUGGGCCAGAGGCCAGAGAGGGCGAAGCCUCCUGCUACAAUGUGAACGAGAUGGGGAAGUACUUCGGGUACUGCAGGAAGGAGCAGGGCACUUUCCUCCCCUGCAAGAGAAAAGACAAACUGUGUGGGAAGCUGUUCUGCUCGGGAGGCAGGGAGAUGCCUCGGGACGGGAGCCUGCUGUCCUUCAGGGCCUGCAAAGGCAGCUUCUCCAGGGGUGGGGGGGACGACCCAGGCAUGAUCCUGGAUGGAACCAAGUGUGGCAAUGGGAUGGUGUGCAGCCGUGGGGAGUGUGUCCAGGCUGAGGAUGUCUUCAGAUCCACCAACUGCUCUGCCAAGUGCCCUGGCCAUGCUGUGUGUGACCACGAGCUGCAGUGCCAGUGUGAGGAGGGGUGGGCACCCCCCAACUGUGACAGCUCCUCAGCCCUCACCAGCAUUGCUGUGGCUGCUGGCGUGCUGGCUGUCCUGGCUGUCACUGCAGUUGCAGCCGUGCUGCUCACCCGCUUCCGAGGCUCCCACAAGAGCCACCAGACCAGGAGGGGACCCGGAGCCACCAACCAGGUGUUUGUGGAUCAGGAGCAGAGCUGCAGGGAACAGCCUGUGCUGGUGCCACCUGCCCAGAAGGUAGUUGAUAAGAAAGUUCUUCCCGUGCCUCCACCUCAGGAGAACAAACCGCACCUUCAGAGUCCUGCCCUGAGGCCCAAGGGUCCCCCACCUCCCGUUCCUGCCCCCAAACCUGGCUCUUCCCACCCCGAGGAGAAGUUUGCUCCAGAAAGAACAGCUCCUCCUGUGCCCCUUCCCAAAGGCAAACCCCCUCCUCCACCCCAGGCUUUAAAGCCCCCCAUGAACCCCAGAGUCUGA